AUGAAAAAAGGUGACCAUAGAAAUGGGAGCAGCGGCGGCAGCCCUCAGUCCGAUCUCAUCGUGGUGAAGACUGCUCUUGAUCGCUUCACAGAGGAAGGAGGACCGGAAGAGGAUGCUGACGACGUAAUCGAUUUGGGUGCUCCUCGGCUGCUGCGGCGGGCUCAACCUAGCCGGUCCCCCACCACGCAGCGCCGGCUGCGAUCCUACACUCCUAAUCCUAGGCUAUAUCCCGGCCCUCCUAAGCCUGAGCCGAAGAACAAUAAGCGAGCUGAGGGUCGAAGCAGGCGCAACCGUAAGCGAGUUUACAAGCGGCCCGUGCCGAACGCGCGGCUGUACCGGCCGGCGCCGCCGCGGCCGCGUCCUCCGCCGCUGUCCCCGUGGCGCGGAGCCUGGCCUCCGCCGGCGCCCACGCAGCCCGCGCUCGCCACCGCCUCCCUCGCCGCGCUGCAGCUCACGCAGGGCCGCCCCGAGCCCCGCGCGCCCCCCUCCCGCCGGCUCGUCGUCACGCUCCCCGCGCACCGUAAAGCCAUGGACACCGCUCCCCGGCAUCCUGACGAAGGCUCCGAUGGCAACGAUACGGUGACCGCACCUAGCGAAUUCCUUGCAGAGUUCCUGUCGGCUAUAAUGCAGCGUCAGUACGCGGAGGCGCUGAAGUACUGCCGCCUCAUCCUGCAGUACGAGCCGCACAACGCGACGGCCCGCGGCUUCUACUCUCUGCUGCAGCAUAAGGUGUCCGCGCCGCCCGCCGCCGCGCCCUCCACGCCGCCCACGCCUCCCACCCCGCCCACUCCGCCGGGACGCUCAGGUGAUGCGGCGUUCGUCCGGUUGGGCGGCAGCUCGAGCGCGGACAGCAGCCCGCGGCGGCCGCUCGCCGCGCCGCGCCGCCUGCGCCGCCGCGCGGUAGACACGCCGCUCAGCUCUUCGCACGACAUGCGGCAGGAAGCGGACUCGUCGGCGUCGAGCUCGGCGGCGGGGGCGGCGGCGCGUGGCGGGACAGGCUCGCGCUCCGCCUCUGCCUCGGACUCCGACGACUCGUGCGCCUCGCAGUCCUCGCUCGAGCUCGACUCCUCGCCUAGCCUGUCGCUGUCCCGUCGCACUGACCAUACCGAUAGCGCGGGCUGGGAGAGCACGGGCACGCCGGCCAGCAGCGGCAGCGGCGGCGCCGGCGACCACGCGCCCGACGACAACGGCAACGCGCCGCCCACGCCGGAACCCAGAGUGAGUCUGCAAGCCGAUGACAUGCAGAACGAUAAUGACCACACCUCGCCACUUAAGAGUGUGUCUUCAUCGGAGACGCUGCGUCGCCUGCGCGCGCAGUUCGCCUGCUCCAUCAAGUGA